CAACUGAAUAUGUAGAGCUUUUCGGCACCGCCAAAAAUGUCUUCCAAACUCCUCCAAUUCCCAAUCCAAACCAUUAAAACUUCAAAACCCUUGUCCAAUUUCAGACAAACAACAAUAAUUCUCUCAUCAUCUUUUUCAAUCGCCACCCAACACCAGCUUCAGCUGAUCUGUUAUUACACAGAUGAAAACCCCCACACGAAAUCAAGAAUCCAAUGCACACUCUCAUCAUCAUCAUCAUCUGCGAAACCACCCACCACAAAAGAAGAAGCAAUUCUCCAAGCCAGGACCUCACUCUCCUCCGCCUUGGAGAAACCCCUCAACAACCCAAAACUCGCCGGAAAAAUCAAGAAAGUGAAGCAGCCCAGGUUCCGGGUCGAGAUUCCGGUCAUCGACGACGCGCCCGCUUCGCUCUCUCAGUUGGCCGUCCAAGUGUUCGGUGAAAUGCCCCUGAGAAGAAAAGGGUCGACAAUCAAGAUUCUCAUACUGUGGCCUAAUAAGGACUCAGCGCAGGCUGCUGUCAACGUCUUCGAUUCUCACUCUUCUUCGGAUAUUCUUGUCCAAAACAUCGACAUGUCAUCAAUUCUUGAUGUGGAUCUCAGAACUGCCAACUCUGCCGACGUGGCCGUGUUCUUGUCGCCGGAGGUUUCUCAGGUGGCGGUUAUGAAGAGGGUUACCGAUAGUAUGUACCCGAAGCCGGUGGUGAUUUUUAACCCUAAAUGGGGGUUUGAGGAGGAGGCGAAUUUGGGGGAGAUGAAAGGAUUUGUGGGAUCUUUUGAUGUGGUUUAUUCUUUCAUGGGUUUGGAGGUUAGAGGGAUCUUUAGUAAGCGAAAUGGUGUGGUGUUUAAGUGUGUGAAAAACGGGAUUUCAAGUGGCGAGAAUUGGUAUGUUCUUGUUGAAGAAGAUGAUGGAAAUUUGAGAGUUGUUACGAGGUUCAAAUCGAGGCCGCCCAUCUCCGAAGUCGAGAAUGUGUUGUACAAUCUGAUGGCUAUCAAUUCACCGGUUACUAAAUCUGCCAAGUUCUUGAAAGAUUUGGUUUCGAACGUAACCGGGAAGAAGUGAUUUUUUUAUUGUGAACACAAUGGACUAUAACGAUGAUUGUUUGAUAUCUUGCAAUGUUGGUUGAUUUCGUUUUCCGAACACUUGGUAGAUUAACUACAUAACUGUUGCCUAAGAUGUCAAUGUAUACUCUUAUCGGA